UCGGAUAAAUUAGAAAAGGCGGGACCCACGUUAAUUGGAAGAUAUCAACGGCUGGAUCUGCUUACUCAGAUCAACUUCAGCGAAAAAAAUGCCACUCUCGUUGCAAUCUCCGCCUUGUGCAACUCUCUCUGCUUCAAUCCGAAAGGGACGAUGGAAGACGCUCGCCGCCGGAUUCUCCGUUACUCCUCUUCCCGCCGUUAACUUCAGUCUUCGGCGAUCGAUUCCUCGGAUUCUUGCUUCCGCUAGUUCCUCCUCCUCUCCUGCGUCUUCGUCUCUCGAAGCUGGUGAGAACAAUGAGCUAAAUGCUGUUUCAGCUUUUAGUGAGAUUGUUCCUGAUACUGUCGUUUUCGAUGACUUUGAGAGUUUUUCUCUGGAUCGAGGAUACAAGAAAGAAAUUAGCUUAAGAUGUAAAAACUCACUCCCUCACAAGUUUCCGCCGACUGCAGCUACUGUUAGCUCUGCUCUUCUUCUGGGUAUCUGUGGUCUACCUGAUACCAUUUUCCGCAAUGCUGUGGACAUGGCUUUGGCGGAUUCUUCUUGUGCAGGGCUUGAAACCACAGAAUCUCGACUCUCUUGCUUUUUCAAUAAGGCUAUUGUCAACGUAGGUGGCGAUCUUGUCAAACUCGUUCCAGGUCGAGUUUCUACUGAAGUGGAUGCACGUCUUGCUUAUGACACAAAUGGCAUUAUCCGCAAGGUUCAUGAUCUGCUGAGACUAUACAAUGAAAUCGAUGUACCACACGACCGGCUCCUAUUCAAAAUCCCUGCAACUUGGCAAGGUAUUGAAGCUGCAAGAUUGUUGGAAUCAGAGGGAAUCCAAACGCAUAUGACCUUUGUUUACAGCUUUGCACAAGCUGCAGCAGCUUCUCAAGCCGGUGCUUCUGUCAUUCAGAUUUUCGUCGGUCGCCUCAGGGAUUGGGCGCGUAAUCAUUCGGGAGAUACCGAGAUUGAAUCUGCUAUUAAAUCGGGAGAAGAUCCUGGUUUGGCCUUGGUCAAAAGAUCAUAUAACUACAUUCACAAGUAUGGUUACAAGUCCAAGCUGAUGGCUGCUGCUGUCCGGAACAAACAAGACUUGUUCAGUCUUCUCGGGGUCGAUUAUGUCAUUGCACCAUUAAAGGUACUGCAAUCUCUUAAAGAUUCACCCGCCAUUCCCGAUGAUGAAAAAUACUCAUUUGUUCGGAAACUUACUCCUGAAACUGCAACACAUUACCACUUCACCAACAAAGAGCUGGUCAAAUGGGACCAGCUAAGCUUGGCUUCAUCUAUGGGUCCUGCAUCAGUGGAGCUUUUAUCAGCCGGUGUUGAAGGUUAUGCGAACCAAGCGAAACGUGUUGAAGAGCUUUUCGGGAAGAUUUGGCCACCUCCUAAUGUCUAAAUACACAGCUUUUCUCUUCAUCAAUAAGGAUCUGUAUCAAUAAGAGAACUAAGUGUCCAUGUUACUUGAACACUACCCUGUUUAUCUUCCUGCCCUCUUUAUCUUUUUCGUGGCUUGUUGUUCAUCAUGUCUGAGACUUGGGCUACAAGAUAAGAGACUUUAGUUUUAAGACUAAAAGUCUAAAACCAAAUCCUUUUCAUGUUGUUUCGUCUGAACUUCGGUCUUUUUUUCUCUGUAAUUGACUUAGUCGGUUCUCAGAUCUCUGAGUCAUGAUUGUACCGAUAAACCAAAAUUGAACCGAUUGUUUUUGUAAAACCAAUCGGGUUCUAUUAAAGUUCAAACUAAACU